CUACUCUCCACACGAAAUGGGCCUCUCAGUCUCUUCAUUAUUCUCCUCGCUCUCUUCCUUGCUUAGCUGGAGCAAGGACCAGGACGUCCGUAUACUCAUGCUCGGGCUGGACUCAGCCGGAAAGACAACGAUCCUGUACCGUCUACAGAUAGGCGAGGUUGUCUCAACAAUUCCAACGAUCGGCUUCAAUGUCGAGACAGUACAGUACAAGAACAUCAAGUUUCAGGUGUGGGAUCUUGGUGGACAGUCAUCCAUUCGACCAUAUUGGCGCUGUUACUUCCCUAACACCUCAGCAAUCAUUUAUGUCAUCGACUCAUCCGACCACGACCGCCUUCAAACAUCACGAACCGAGCUCCUCACGAUGCUUUCAGAGGAGGAACUAUCGGGCGUACCACUCCUCGUGUUCUGUAAUAAACAAGACGUCGAGGGUGCACUAAAGCCGGAAGAGAUCAGUGAACAGCUGGGACUAGCCGGUGGUGAGAAGGGCAGGGCUUGGAGUGUGAGAGGAAGUUGUGCUGUGAAGGGAGAGGGUCUGGAGGAUGGUCUGGACUGGUUGGUGAACGCAAUACAGAAAAAGUAACAUAACUCGGAUGCUGCCUAGGCAUGUAUACCCCACCCGUCGCAUCUCCCAGUUUUGCACAUCACAGACACAGACUCCACAUAUACAUCUUUGUAAUCCAUAAUCAUUUCCAUUGGUUCUUCC